AGAGGGAGGGGGCAUCGGCGUAUGCUUGUAUACAACUGCCCCCGAUUUCCAUUUUUCCCCCUAACUCGUAAUGUAUUUAAUUCAAGUGAAACGUAAUCAUGACGUGUGUUGUCAUUAAUCUCCUCGCCGCCUCUCCCGAGACUGUUGGAGGUGAUCAGGCUGAUUGCCACCAUCAGAGUGCACCUCUCAGUCAAAGAAGUAAAGCAUGGCAUAGACACAUCACUGAAUAUGGAUUCUCCACCAGAGUGCAUGCUGGCUCUUUCCUGUGAACCCCCGCUGUCUCCUCCUUCCAUGCCCUCCUUGGACCACAGUCCCCUAGGCCUACCCCAGAGUCCUCGGUCUACCCCUUCUAGCCCUCAUACUGAACUCUAUGGCCCUGUCUCACCCUGCCCCCUUCCUGGUGCCAGCCUCCGAGAUGAGGAGGAUGAGGAGUUGUCAGCACCUCCAUCACCCACCCCAGCAGUGGCGCUGUUUCCUGGUGAAAUGGAACUUGGCAGUCCCUCAUCAGAGAGCAGCCCUCCAGCUACACCAUCAGCAUCUUUCUCUGGCUUUGGAGCCCUGGAACAGGUCCUCUCCUCUGGUCAGAGUACCACCUGCAGUGAUGAAUUGGAUCUUCAACUUUUCAACAAUGAGGGGAUAGCUGUCCUAGGUGCGACAAACCCUGGACCUGCCCUUAAGUUUCCAUGCCACGUGUGUGGAAAGAGGUUCCGCUUCCAGAGUAUUCUGUCUUUGCAUGCUCGAGCUCACAGUUUGGAUAAGGAUCGCCGGGCUUCAGCAAUCUACCGAACUACACCUGUCAAACUGCAGCCGAACCACGUGAGUGGCAGUGUAAUCCAGAAUCUCAACAACAGAGAGUUUGGCCUGAAACAGAGUCCGCUAUCUGGCUCGUUACAGAAAAAUAUGGAUGAAGAAAUAGUUCCAGAGGAACCGCUUCAAACUGCUAGCAGCCCCCAGUUCCUCUUUGAAGGAACUACAGCUCUGACUCCACCUCUAACAGAGGAAGCACCCAUUUCUACUUCCUUCUCUCCACUUGGCCAUGGACACUUGGAAGAAAGCACUCCCUCCACAGCUGCUCCCGCCUUCCGGUGCCACGCCUGUAAGGGUAAGUUCCGUACUGCUUCAGAGCUGGCACGACACGUGAGAAUCCUCCACAACCCCUACAAAUGUACAAUGUGUCCCUUCUCAGCUAGUCAGGAGGAAAGACUGGCUGCCCAUCUGCAGGAGAGUCACCCACCUGAAGAUCCUGUGGCUGUGUCUGUUUUCCCACCUCCUCGCCCUGUAACAGAAUCCCCGGAAACCUCUUCCCCACAAAUGCCAGUUGUCCCAGCUUUCCGCUGUGAGACAUGUGGCCAGCGUUUCACUCAGUCAUGGUUUCUCAAGGGACAUAUGCGUAAGCACAAGGACUCAUUGGACCACAAGUGCCAGGUGUGUGGCCGUGGAUUUAAGGAACCCUGGUUUCUUAAGAACCACAUGAAGGUGCAUCUGAAUAAGUUGGGCCUUAAAGCUGGACUGGGGAAUAUGGGACCCAGUGGAUCUGAGCAAGCCAAAGGUCCUGCUAGCACACAAGUGCUAGGCGCCCUGUAUUCCAACCUGCUCCUGGCUCGUAGUAUGGCGGGCGGCGGAGGGUCGGGAAAUCACACGGAGAGGUCAGAUAGUGGGGCAGGCUCUAGUAAAUCCUCAGUGCUGGGCUAUCUGGGAUUAUCCAAAGACAACAGCAAUGGAAGUUGCAUGGAGCGCCUUCAAGCAGUGGCACAGGUUGCAGAAAUGGGUAAUGGAGGAGGAAGGGGAGGCGAGGCAACAGACGGAGCAGACCAGGCGGCCAUGUGGCAGCUGGUUGCUCGAAGUCUGGCAGCAGCACAGAACAACCAACAACAGCAACGAUCCCAAUCACACCACCAGUUUUCUUCCUCACGAGGCACGGUUGCUGGGGAAGCCAAACAAAUGAGGUCCUACCUGGGUGGACUGAGUUCUAGAGAGGAACUGGAGGCCUCUGGUGCACCCUGGGAGUGUCCAGAUUGCGGCAAGCUGUUCCGAAGCCUUCAGCAGGUGGUUGCUCAUGCUCGCGUCCAUGUCCAGAAACCACAGAAAGGUCAAAGUGGCCGGGGAGCCACAUUAACAGAAGAGGAUAUUAUAAACAGAGUGAGUGGAGCUCCAGUACCAAGUGGAGCAGGAGGAGGGCAAAGAGUUAGCGACAGUGAAGGCAGAAGGGAGACUAAGCAGCUCCUAUCAGAGGUGGAGACAGCUGGGAGCUUCCAUUCUGUCAUGUCACAUCUCUCUGGUCAGAAUGGUUUGAGGGGAUCAUCCUCCACAAGCUCUUCAGCUUCAAGGGAACGUGUUCGGGGUACAGGGAUGAAGGAUUGUCCCUACUGUGGUAAAGCUUUCCGCUCUUCCCAUCACCUUAAAGUGCACCUUCGUGUACACACUGGGGAGAGACCAUACAAAUGUCCUCACUGUGACUAUGCUGGCACUCAGUCAGGCUCCCUCAAGUAUCACCUACAGCGUCAUCAUCGCGAGCAAAGGAACGCAAUGGCAAAUUCACCAGACUCCCCUUUAUCUAACCUCCCCUCUUUGACCGGCCCUUCUUGUGAGGGGUUAAAAAAACGUCGGCACCCCUCCAUGACCCAGUCUGCUUUUGGGAGGGUUUCUGGAGAACCUUCUUCCUCCAGGCACAGUCAGUCAUGGACUGUGGGCACUUCAAAGAAGGAUGGUUCCUCUGUGUCUGGACGUCAAAAAGAGGGAGACUUGGAGAGUCAGUAUCAAAAUCUGUCAGGGAUGAUGGGUGCACUGUUCCCCGGUGGUCUAGAAGCAAGUUGGACAGCAGAGGCACCGCCUCCCAAAAUGCCUAAAAUGUCCAGACGGAAGCCCCUUACCACAAGCCGCAUGGUGUCUGCGAAUGGGUUACAGGGUGGGAGUAUGUCCGGUGGUUCUCACGAAGGAGGUUUUGAACCCCUGGAUCUUUCUCGCCGCCCUUUACAAGAUGAUUGGUCAGUGAGUGCCUCUGGAGGUAUAAAGUCUGGUGCUUCUAAAGAAGGAAACAACAUCCUUAAUCAGUGUGUCUUCUGUCCUUUCCGAACCUCUUCUGCGGAGCUUAUGGCUAUGCAUCUUCAGGUUAAUCAUACCAGCAAGUCUCGGCGUAAGAGGGGCAACCCUGCAAACCGUUCCCCAAGACUAACACUGCCUGGGCCAGACCGUGACCCACUGACUCUGUGGAACUUCCUUAAUGCAGAGGAUGGGACAAUGUCCCCUGAGGAUUUGCUCUUGUCGAAGGUAAACCACGAGAAUGGAGUCAGUCCAGAAAACAGGGAAACAGAGGAUAGUUUUGAUUCUACCCAUGAGCCUUUGGGAACCUUCGGUGCAACAGAACAGGAGAUUAAAAUGAGACGGGACCUGGACGAAGAGGAUGAGGAAGAAGAUGAGGAGGAGAAUGACCUGGAAUCAAAUGGCAGCUUUGGAAAUUUACCCCACUAUCAGGGUAGAAGGGCUCGAUCCGUUUCAUCAGACCUCACGGCUGAGGAUCUGCUCAAGGAGGACAAAUGACAGCCAAUUGUGUGAGUUUGAAGAUGAAGGCAGGACUUGAGAAUAACUCAUAUCAUUUAGGCCAAGGGCAGACCAGUCGCUAUGCUAACAUACUGUAAAGUAUGUAAUAAUUUAACGAAACCUUCAAAAAUCAUACAAAGGCAUUACCCAUAACAGACACACCAGCCCCCUUUGUUUAGCGACCUCUACGUACACAAAGAAAUGUUAUCUCCAGUAUUGUAUUCCAGUCUCAGCCUGCCUGUCAAGGAGUCUCCAAGCCUUCUUGAUCACUGUCAGAUUGUUCCUGUCUUCUUGUCAUUGAACGUAUUUGCUAAGUUCUAUUUCUAUUUAAACAUUUCUUGCUUUGGUGAAUCUCUCACUCUCAUCUCAAAACGAACUUGGACCGUCAACUUGGAGAGCAGGAGAGACACAAUCCUCAAUCACGACAAUGUAUUCAAGUUGAGAGAAAAUCGCCCCAAUGCUCAAUGGAGAUAUAUUGGCAAGAAAGUUCUUGCUACUUUCAUGUAAACUUGAUGCAGCAGUACGUCUUCAGUAAACCAAAGGAGUGACCACACUUCUAACCAUGCACUUGCGCGACUCUAAACAGAAUGCUGUGAUGAUCGAAUGGUACUUCUGAACCGUCUCUUACAAACUGGACAGAGUAACGAUUAUAUGACCAGAUAUCCACACUGCCUGUCUGCUCCAACGGGUCUUCAGAUGUUAUAUAAAACAGAGUUUCUGCCUCUUCUAUAUGCUAUUUCUCUCAGUGCCUGUUGAUGUAAAUGGUUUUUAGCAGAUUCAGAGAACACAGGAAUAUAGUUACAGUAAAUAUAUACAGUAUAUAUGCGUCGUUGUACUAGAGCGUAGAGUUCUGUAUCGAUAUGUUGACACUAGUAUGUGUGACUGUGUCUGCUGUGAAUGAAACAAUGAAAUGAACCCAGAGCACCACAUGUCGGCCAUUUAACAAAGGCCAUAUGUGUUUACAUUACACAUACCACCAGGAUUUUUGGACUGCCAUUACUAUGAAAAAUAAGACCAUGUGGGUCCGAUUUCAGGGUUUGAAAAAAAUCAUCAAGAAAUGGAGACUCGACAAUAUAACAUUCCUAUUCCUCCUAAAACUUUGACUCUCGAACAUCAUAGAGAGGGAGAAAAAAAUUAUUCCGUAUGUCAUUUUUUUAGAUAGUAAAUAGAAAUUUUUCUUUGAAUAUUAAAAACAAUAAAAAAAAACACUAACAGAUUCAGACAUCCCAGUACAAAAUAUGUAGCUUUUGUAAAGAAAAGAGAUCAAAAGAGCGGAAAAAAUGUGGUGUUGUUCUUUUAAUGUUAAUGGAAAAUGGAUAUCGAAAAGAGUAUUAUAAUAAUUAUGAAAGAAGACAUGAAUGAGAAUGUCCUGAGAUCACUGUGCAAAGUUUACUUUCCCCAACUAGCUUUUGUUUUGCUAUUAAAUGUAGACCAAACUUUUGUUUUUUCCCAAAAAUGUUUUUUCAUAAUGCUGCAGGUUCAAAUGACAACCCCUUAAAGGUUUUAUAUGUUUAUCAAUCGACGAAUGAAUCAAUCAACAAAUCAAUCAUUUGGAUACACAAUCAAUGUUAAGCCUCAUUGAGGAUCUUCAAUGAUUUAUUUAUAUGUUAAAUGCUGGGAUUAUGUCCAAGACGUGUCCUGGUAUCAACAUAGUCAGUUGGACUGACCUGCUCGCCAAAUUUUAUUUAAUAUAAUUAAAUGGACUUGAUUUUAAUGUGAAAUUAGCACAUCGUACAAAGAAUGAUCUCCAACUCUGUGAAGUCAUCGAGUCAUCUCAUUUUUAUCGGGUAGGCAGUAGUGCAGUGUUUUGUCUAGCCUUAAUUUGUGAAACGUGCAUUAUUGUGUUCUUGUUUUGUACGUAUGAUUUCGGUAGCCCCUGAUGUGGCGUUCCUUUAAGAUAACAGUCAAGCCACUGUGCCUUCUGUCCUGAGCACUUCCUCAAGUAUUUUGUAAGCUCACCAAAAGCACUUAGCCCCUACUGUAUCUCUUUGUAUGAUUUGGUGACCUUGUUUCUUCUCUGUAUCUGAUUCUCUGUUUUGUCGAGACGUCGGAUGCGGAGGUCGUUUUCAUUUCAUUAUAAUCCGUGUCAUUGCAUCAUUUAUGGUCGUGUGUGCGGUUUGCCCUCCCUUAGCAUGUGAAUCACUAAAAAGCUGACAUAGUAUUUAGCUCUGAGGCCUUUUUUAGAAGUUAUCUUAUUUUCUAUGUUACUUUAUUGCCGAUGAGAUAAAAUCAAGCUCUUCUGCUCACAAUUAUUAUUCGUAUUCGUUUUAUGAAAAAAAUCUUUAAGCAAACAAAAACGUGAACAAAAUGUGUCUCUUGAAUGUUGUACAGAUAGAAAUAGAGAUGUUGUGUUUUUAAUGAGAGAUCAAACCGACCCGCCUGCUCUCCAUCACUUCACCGCAUCAGUGUAGAUUUUAGUUUUUUUUAGGAUGGCCUAACUGUCUAGAAGUAUCAGGGCAAUAGUUUGUGUCUGUGUGUCUGUGCACAUCGAUGGUCUUUAAAAAAGCAUAUUUUGUAGAAAUAUACUGACACUGUGAAACUAAGUACCACUUGCAUUAAAAGUAUUUCCAAACAGUGGCAUGCUGCUCAAAUCUUCACGUAUGACAUGCAUUGUUUUUUUUCCUCGAGUGCUAAGUGUUGUCCAGUGAAACUGGAGAGAUGAAGAGAAGGUCGUGGUUUGAUCUUUUCAGUAGCUGACUGUUAUUGAUGUCAGGGGAAGAUGAUCUAACAUAGUAGUGACUAAUAUGAAAUUGUGGAUUGAGAAAAUUCAGUAGAGAAGAAUCAAUAAAAUACAAAAAACAA